ACGCUGGUUGCCGAUGAAUGCUACAUUUACGUUUGGGAAAAAGAAAAAAGGAACACCACUUCCUUACCGUAGAAAUCAUUUAUAAUUUACACUUUCCCCACCAUUUCCUUUUGAGCGGUGGAUAUGGCAGGAAAACUCAUGAAUGCAGUUCAUUAUACUGCCUACGGUGGCGGACCAGAUGGCUUACAGCAUGUGGAAGUUCCAGUUCCCACUCCUAGUAAAGAUGAGGUAUUGUUGAAAUUAGAAGCAGUUAGUCUAAAUCCAUUUGAUUGGAAAGUUCAGAAAGGCAUGCUUCGGCCUUUUCUUCCUCGCAAGUUUCCUCACAUACCUGCUUCUGAUGUGGCAGGUGAGGUUAUAGAGGUUGGACCAGGAGUAAAAAAUUUCAAGCCUGGGGAUAAAGUUGUAGCUUUUACCUCCAGGAAUGGAGGUGGACUAGCAGAGUUUGCUGUAACCAAGGAAAGCUUGACAGUUGCAAGACCACCUGAAGUUUCAGCAGCCGAUGCAGUUGGCCUCCCGAUUGCAGGUUUGACAGCACACCAAGCUGUCACUCAAUCUGCUGGUAUCAAUCUUGAUGGAAGUGGCAAGGAGGCAAACAUUCUGGUAACUGCUGCUUCAGGUGGUGUGGGUCACUAUGCUGUUCAACUGACCAAGCUGGGAAAUGCACACGUGACAGCCACUUGUGGCGCACGCAACAUCGAACUUGUCAAGAGCUUAGGGGCUGAUGAGGUUCUCGACUACAAGACCACAGAUGGGGCAGCUCUGAACAGCCCAUCUGGUCGAAAAUAUGAUGCAGUCAUUCACUGUGCAACUGGCAUUCCUUGGUCUACUUUCGAACCUAAUUUGAGCCCAAAUGGGAAGGUAAUUGAUAUUACUCCAGGACCUACUUCCCUGGUCACUUUUGCCCUGAAGAAACUUACUUUCUCCAAGAAGCAACUGGUGCCACUAGUCUUAAUUCCCAAGGGUGAGAACCUCCAAUAUCUUGUUAACUUGGUCAAGGAAGGGAAGCUCAAGACAGUGAUUGACUCAAAAUAUCCCCUGGGCAAGGCCACAGAGGCUUGGGCUAAGAGUAUUGAUGGCCAUGCGACUGGGAAGAUCAUCGUUGAACCUUAGGGUUAUGAGAAUAUUGUUUAAUAUAUUGGAGAAUGGAGAAAGCCUUCUACACUGUAAAACAAGGCUUCCGAGGAUGUUUGUUUUGUGCAACAGCCAAGUUCAUGCCGUGUGAUAUUGCAAAAUGAUAAUGUUCAGGUUCA